UGGUGGCUGUUGGGCCGAGCGUGUCGAUACAAGGUGAGAUGAAGCCGCAGCGUUGAUGUUUAGUGCACAAGGUUUCUUAUCGUCAGCGAAGGGAAUUCUCACUGUGCGGUUGAGGGAGGAUAUGAUUAUGCACUUUGUGACGUCAGCUCCCUUCCGUCCUGGUACCCCUCCAACCUCAAGGAUACUCGAGAAAGCGCUCAAUUUACAACCAGGAAAAGUAUGGUAGACCAACAGCGGAUUGAUUCGCGGAAUAUUCUACAAGGCGCCGUCGUCAUGAAUGAGCCCUCUGCCAGUCUGGGCCUCGAGCUGGGCCGCAUUCGCGGUCACGCCGGUGAAUCUCCAGCUGGCUCCGGUCUGCUCAACACCGAGGCUCCAGAACAAGGCACUUCCGAGUCCGAGCCCCCCGCCUCUCAAGGUCUACCUCCCGAGCUUCCCAGCAUUUUUGCCGAAGUUGUCUUUGUGCUGACCUGCUCCGGCGGGCAGCUCGUCUCUGCCAUACUCAUCGGCCACGUUGCCGUUACCCAGUACAUCUUUGCCUCCGCCCUAGGCCUCCCGCCCUCCGAGAUUCCCUGGCUACUUGGCGCUUCCAUGCUGCCCUGUGGUCUGUCCGUCAUCGUUUCAGGAUCGUUGGCCGACCUGCUCGCCCCCAAGCCCCUCUUAGUCGGCGGUUUCCUUUGGGAGACGCUCUGGAUGGCCAUCGCCGCCGCAUCAGUCAGCCUGCGGCUCAAGGCGCUGUUCUUCUUCGCACGAGCGAUGCAGGGACUCGCUGCUGGUGUGCUUGUGUCGGCAUCGAUGAGCGUUCUGGGCCGCGUGUACAAACCGGGCAUCCGUAAGACGCGCGUCUUCAGUCUAAUGGCUGCCUUUUCACCCUUUGGAUACUGGUUGGGAUGUCUCCAGGCUGGGGCCUUGAGCGCCCAUCUCCCAUGGAUCUUUGGCAGCACUGCUAUUCUCCUCUCUUUCUUGAGUCUUGCUGCGCAUCUCACCAUCCCGGCCCUUUCUCCGGCCCAGGACAGCUCCGACUCUGAAGCGCCGUCUAUACGCCAAUUCGACUAUGCUGGCGCCGGUCUAGCCUCGAUUGGUAGCACCCUCAUCAUCUUUGGACUGACCCAGGGCUCUCCAGCCAACUGGAGUCCCUAUACGUAUUCCGCCAUCGUUGUUGGAUUUUUCAUGCUCGUGGCUUUUUACUUUGUCGAGAAGCGGGUGACCCGCCCACUUAUACCUAACAACCUCUGGAAGACUCGAGGAUUCGGCGCUCUUCUUAUUUCCUAUUUCCUGGGCCUCGGAGCAUAUAGCGGCGCCUGGCAAUUCUAUGCCAUUCAAUUUUGGCAGCGAUACCAGAACGCUUCGCCUCUCACCACGACCCUUUACAUCCUUCCUAAUGGCCUCGUUGGAAUUCUCGCCGCCUUUAUCGUCUCCAAGACGCUCCAUGUCGUGCCUAUGCAUGUUAUCUUCACCGCUAGUAUGGUCGCCUUUGCGCUUGGCCCCGUCUUCUUCUUGCCCCAGACCCCAUCCACGAGCUAUUGGGCUCUCUCCCUGCCGGGCAUUAUUCUCGCCACGUUUGGCCCAGACAUGAGCUUCACGGCAGCAGCCAUCUUCAUUACGAGCAGUGUUCCCAGGAGCUACCAGGGCGCGGCGGGUAGCCUGCUAGUCACGGUGCAGAACCUCACGGUGGCUAUCAUGACGAGUAUCAGCUGGGCAAUUGGAUCAAGGGUGGAGAUGCUGCCGAAUGAGGAGAUUGGGCUCAAGGGUAUCAAGGCGAUUUGGUGGUUUGGGCUGGCCUCUGCGCUUACUGGCGCGCUUAUUACAGCGACAAUGGUUAGGAUCCCAAAAGCAGAAGAGAAGGAGCAUGUCCAUUAAUAUUAUAUAAGGUAAGUUAUAUAAUUAUCAAAUGGGAAUUGGAAAUUUCUUCUACAUAAAAGCCUAUUAUAAAGUAUAGAGUAUACAGUUACAGGAAAGUAAAGCUUAUAAACCUGCUUAUAUAUAAGCCUUAUAUAAGAGAAAGAAGGAGAUAGAGUCUACCAUUUGCAAAAUCUACUAUGUUAC